UGAGGACGGAUACGUACGGAAUACGCACGGAUUACACUGCACAAAAUACGGCGGCAUCUGCCAUCGCGAGCUCGUUUUAUCGACCUGCGCGUCACACGCUUGCAACACAUCCCGAUCAUCUAUCUUAUCAGCGGAACGAACGUGCAACUGGAGCUCAAAAUAAUCUCGACGCGUUUGGGGCGCAGCUGCGAUGGCGACCGACGAAGAUGAGAACAAGUCGUCGUCUCUGGACGACUUGUCCGACAUCGACAGCACGAGCAGCAGCAGUGGAGCCGAGGGCGACGGCGACGGCGAUGGCGAUGGCGAUAGCGAACCUGCAAAGGUCGAAUGGCUCGUCACGUCGCGCGCGAAACGGGCGACGGCCGGCAACCGGAUGAAGUCGAUGCUCGCUAACGAGGUGCCCGCUGACGACGACUCCGACCUCGAGCUGCUCUUCGCCGAAGACGAGAAUGACGCCGGCUUUAGCGAGGAUGAGCAGGACGAUGCGUCCGACAUGCAGAUGGACUCUUCCUCGGACGACGAGGACAAGGAAGACAACGGCGACGAGCUGGAGGGCGAGAAGGAGCUGGAGCGCCAGGCGCGCGAGAAGCGCGCGGCCGAACGCAAGCGCAAGGCCCAGGCGGCCAUCCCCGCCAGGUUCAGGAAGAAGGUGCGCAUCGAGCAGCCGGCCCCCCGGCCGCCGAGACCAAAGAAAAAGUCCGAGCGGACCAGCUGGUUACCCUCGCCCGCAGACAUGCCUACCCGCGCCUCGGAGCGCCAGACCACCAAGAUCAGCAAGCAGCAGCUCCACCAGAGGAUGGUGUCGGACGAGCUGCGCCGCCGGAAGCAGCUGGAGAAGAUGGAAAAGAAGGCCAAGCUGCUGGAGGCCACGAAGAAGCCGCCCAUGACCCAGGCCGAGCGCCUCGCCGAGGCCGCCAUCGUCGAGAAGAGGAACGCCAAGAGCCUGAACCGCUGGGAGGAGGCCGAAAAGCAGAGAGAAGAGGAGCGUCUGAAGAAGAUUGCCGCCCUGAACAGCCGCAAGCUCGACGGACCUGUGGUGACCUUCUGGAGCGGCAUCCAAGAGUUGCAGGAAGGGCAGGGAAACCACGUCGGCAACCUGGUCUCGAUGGAGGAAAAGGCGCCGAGGAAGAAGCGCCAGUCUGCUGCGGCUGCCCUGGCCGCUAAGGAGGCUGAGGCCGCGGCCGCGGCUGCGGCGCCGACAAGCCCGGUAGAAAAGACGGAUGACCCGCAAACCCUCGAGACGCCACAACCCCAAACCGGCGAGCAGGCCGACAAGUUGCCUUUACCGGAACCACCGUCUGUUCCGCCACAGCCUACCCCUGUUGAUUCCGGUCAAGCAACAGCGCCUGGACCGGCACCGGCACCUGCGCCGGCACCUGCACCAGAGGCAACCCCGGCUUCCGCGUCGUCGCAAAUGGCCCCCCCUCCGAUUCCGCCACCGCCAGAUAGCAGACCGAGCAGCUCAGGCGUGCUCGCUGCGCCCGUACUUGCUCCUCCUAUUGGGGUAUCUCCGCCGAUGCUGGGCGGUCAGAUGCCCAUGCUGGCACUCCCCGCCGGCGGUGCGAAAUCCGUACUUGCGGCUCCAAACACAUCACAUACUCCCUUUCCCCUCUCAAUGCCGCCGGCUACGCCAUCUGUUGCCGCGCCACCCGCAACCCCGCCGGUCUCUACUCCGACGCCGAAACCUACCGUACCCCCACCUCCAUUGCCCUCAGCCCCUGUCACCCCGUCACAAACGCCGCAGCCAAAAACAGCACCGCCGUCGGCGAGACCCCCCGACACACCGCAGGAAGCCCCUCCUCCGGCUGUUGAGCCUCCCCGCGAAGGGAAAGUCACGCGCAGCUGCAUCAUCCUCCAGAACUUCGACGAGCAGGCCAUCAAGGACAAGCAGGUGCAGACGCAGAUUCUCUUUGGGAGGAAGAUGAACAAGCUGGCCAAACCCGCUCAUCCCCCGCUCUGCGUCAUCACCAACCACCCGGCGCGGUACAGAGACCCCAAGACGGGGCUGCCGUACUACAACAGCUACGCCUACCGCGAGAUCCAGCGCGUGUACCGCGGCGACUACAAGUGGAGCAAGCUGCUCGGGGCCUGGGUCGGUCGGGGCGACUACGCGGCCCGCGGCGUGCCCGAGUGGUUCCUGGACCCGUCCAAGGCGCCGAAGCCCGCUGAGCCGGAAUCGGUCCCUGAAGAUGCGGCUGCCGAGGUGAAGACGGAGGAGGAGAAGAAGGAGCAGAAGCAGCCUGCGGACGAGCCCCGGUUGGUGCCGCUGGAGGCGGACAAGCCGCCGACGACGGAAAUGCCAGCCGCAACACAGGCGGUGGGUACAUAGAUCGAUCAAUCUAGCUGCACAUGCACACAGACAUCAUAGAACGCUUGGAUGGACGAAACCUGCCGAAUGAUCAAUUCCACAGAGUGGCAAUGUAUAACCAGGCCUAUCGCUGGUAAUCGGCCCUCCAGAUAACUACCUAGGCGUACAACU